CAAAUUAUCCUAACCUAAAGGGUUGAGUUAUCAUAUUUUUUUGCAAUUUUACAAUUUUUAUCAUAUUUUUAACAAUUUUUAAUAAUGAGCAAUGGUUUCUUCAACGAGACGUUCGAUUUCACCAUCACCUCAAGCGGCCAAGUGGUCCAAAACAUCAAUCAAGCAGAGACUUCUUCAUCUGAAGAUUUCAACAUAACAAUAGAUGAUUCCAAGUUCCUCAGUGAGUCUUUCUCAUUUACUACAACAAAUGAAUCUGUUAACAAACCAGACAAGACUGUCAGCAAUCAAGCACAGAAUCAAUUUGUAACUCCAGUUAAUAACAAGGAGAAUCACAAGCCUUUUGUGCAAUUGAAUGUAACUGUUAACAAAUCUCACAGUAAAGCUAAAGCAGAUGAUUCUCCAAAAGUGUCAAUUAAACAGGAUAUAAGUUUGGAUUCCAGUUAUGAGAACACACCUAAGAAGCCUAGUAAUUUUAUGAAGAGGAAAUCUUUGAGGGAAAACAAAUUGGCUGAUAAAUCCUUGAAUAGAAGUGUUUUGGUGAAGGCUGCUCAAAGUAAUGGAUUAUUGGCUGACAGCAGUAAACUUUCCAGUUGGGGAUUGCCAGAGGUUAUUUUACAGAAAUAUGAGAGUAGAAAUGUAAAGAAUAUGUUUCCCUGGCAAGUGGAGUGUUUGAGUUUACCAGAUGUCUUGGAUAAGCACAAGAACUUGGUAUAUUCUGCACCAACAUCAGCUGGGAAGACUUUGGUUGCUGAGAUAUUGGCAAUUAAAACAGUGCUUGAAAGGAAUAAAAAGGUUCUGUUCAUAUUACCUUUUGUGUCUGUUGUCAGAGAGAAGAUGUUCUAUUUUCAAGAUAUUUUAGGACCUAGUGGGAUUAGAGUUGAAGGCUUCAUGGGUUCCUACAAUCCUCCUGGUGGAUUUAAACCAGUGCAACUUGCUAUCUGCACAAUGGAAAAAGCCAACAGUUUGAUCAACAGGUUUUUGGAAGAAGGCAGUUUGGAGGCAAUUGGAGCGGUUGUUGUCGAUGAAAUGCAUUUGUUAGGUGAUCCGAAUAGAGGAUAUUUACUGGAACUGCUAUUGACGAAACUGCGAUACAUGUCUUUGCGAGAUGAAAACGUCAAUAUACAGAUCAUCGGAAUGUCUGCGACUCUACCGAAUCUCUCUUUAUUAGCAUCUUGGUUGGAUGCGGAACUAUACACUACGCAGUUCAGGCCUAUUCCUUUAGUCGAGCAGUGUCACGUCAAUGGGGAAAUCUAUGGAAACGAUUUAAAGUUGAUCAGAAAACUGGAGAAGAUCCCUGAACUUACCACAGAUACGGAUAAUAUUCUUCAAUUAUGUUUGGAAACGAUACUCACGUCUUGUUCGGUCUUGAUUUUUUGCCCGUCAAAGUCUUGGUGCGAAAGCCUUUCGCAGCAAAUCGCAAUGGCCUUCUGGAAAUUGGGUUGUUCGAAGUCCGAACUCGGCAAUAAGUUGCGAGAACAGUUAAAUGCAGAUUUGAUAAUAGAAUGUUUGGAGCAACUGAAGAGAUGUCCUGUUGGUUUGGACGAGCUCUUGGGAAAAGCCGUCAGUUUCGGAGUGGCUUUUCACCACGCCGGUUUAACUAUGGAUGAGAGAGAUAUAGUCGAGGGAGCGUUUCGAAUCGGAUGUGUAAGAGUUUUAAUUGCAACAUCGACGUUAUCUGCAGGUGUUAAUUUACCGGCGCGAAGAGUUAUUGUCAGAUCACCGAUGUUCUUCGGCAAACCAAUAGACACGUUGGUUUACAGGCAAAUGAUUGGAAGGGCUGGUAGAAUGGGCAAAGAUGUGGCAGGAGAGAGUAUUUUGAUUUGCCAAAACAACGAUCAAAAAGUUGCUAAAGAAUUGAUGUCUUCAAAUUUGCAGCCAAUCGAGAGCUGCUUAGAGGGUGCCGGUAAAUUGAAGAGAGCUAUACUCGAAGUUAUCGCGAGCGACGUGGCUUCCUCUCCAUCGGAUAUAACUUUAUUCACAAAAUGUACCUUGCUAGCCUCUGAUCACAACAACAAAGUCGAAAUUAACAACCCGAUCGAUGAUUCUGUGGACUUUUUAAUAGACAACCAAUUUAUCAAGUUACAAAACCUUGAAGAUGGAACCUCCAAGUACGUAGCGACUCCGUUAGCUAAAGCAUGCUUGAGUUCUUCGAUGCCUCCCGAAGAGGGUUUAGCAUUGUUCACCGAGCUGGAAAAGGCCCGACAAUGUUUCGUUCUCGAAACGGAAUUGCAUCUGAUUUACUUGGUGACACCGUACUCGGCCUGCAAUCAAAUAGGUAACCUGGACUGGAUGGCUUACCUCGAUCUUUGGGAAAAACUUCCUGCAAGCAUGAAACGCGUAGGAGAAUUGGUCGGCGUGAGAGUCUCUUAUUUGAUCAACGGAACCAGAGGUAAAAUCCAAACCAACACCUCGAAAUUAUACGAGAAGCUCUUGGUGCAUAAACGCUUCUACACGGCGUUGAUUCUGCAAGAUUUAGUAAACGAAGUACCAUUGAAUAACGUGGCUGCAACGUACAAUUGCAACAGAGGCAUGCUGCAAUCACUGCAACAGUCAGCAGCAUCUUUCGCAGGAAUGGUAACAUCCUUCAGCAAGCAGUUGGGUUGGAGUAGCGUUGAGAUCUUGAUCGAACAGUUUCAAGAUCGAUUGCAGUUUGGAAUCAGCAGAGAUCUGUUGGAUCUGAUGAAAUUGCCUGUACUUAAUGGGCAAAGGGCGCGCACUCUUUACAAUGCCGGAGUUGAAACGCUGGUUGAUUUGGCGUCUUGCGAAAUUGAUAAAUUGGAAUCAAUUUUAUACAAGAGCGCUCCAUUCGAAAGCGAAAAAGAAAGAGAUGGAGAGAGCGAGUUGGAUGCUAAAAAACGAAAUAAAGUAAGAGCGAUUUGGGUUACCGGGAAGCAAGGUUUAACCGAGAGGGAAGCGGCUUUGAUGUUGAUUAACGAUGCUAGAACUUAUUUACAACUCGAACUGGGUUUAAAAGAAGCUAAGUGGACUCAGACUCAAGAAGAAGCACCAGUUAGGAAAUCGCAAAGUCCCAAAGAAGUCUCAGUACUUCUGGACAUAUCGCAACAGUCUCUAGAACUAAGCUUAGCCAAAUCUAACGUGAAAAACAAUAUUUGUCUUGAGUCUAUAACUAAUACAGAAGCUAGCGUUAGUAUGUUAGAAGAUAAAAUAUUGGAGAAUUUGGAAGAGAAAUGCAAGGAUAUUGAAGCAUCGAUGCUCGAAGAAAAUUUUUCUCCCAACGAAGAUACUCGCUUAGAUGAAAAUAUUUCUUCAUCGAUGGAAUCAAUAAAUGUAUCAAUUUCCUUAACACCCUCUGCGAAUCGCACCAACUUGAGACAAUCUACGAAAUCCAAUGAUAGUCUCUUCGGCGACAGCUUCUCCGUUGAUUCUAAAGUGUUUGAUGAUCUAGAAACUCCAAUUCAAAACAUCGCAAAAGAAGAUUCUUUGAAAAAAUUGAAUAUCCCCGUCAAUCCGAGAAAACGUGAAAGGGUCAGUACUCAUUCCAUGAACAGUGAAGAAGAAAUAUUUUACUCUGAAGCAACUCCGAUAAAGAAAUCAAAAUAUUUGCAGAUGAAGGACAACGAAUGCGUCGAUGCAUCAUACGUAAUAUCAGAAGAGAAGAGCGAAAUUUCUAUACGAGAUGAUGAAGAAUCUCAGAUUGAUUUAACAAAACUAGAAAUCAUCAACGUGAGCGAUCAUUCACAAUUAUUGGAAACUUUUAAGAACGAGAUCACUGGAAAAAGUGAAAUCUCUAUUGCAAUAGCCUGUGAAAAAAUCACUGAAGUAAAACCAGUCAUUGGGCCUAAAAUAAUUCCAAACGAUUUGCAAAUUGAAGAGAAAACUACUUGCGUUUAUAAAGGGCGGCAGGUUGUGGGCUUCAGCGUUUGCUGGGGUGAAAACAUUGCGUUUUAUUUGCAAGUUACAGAAAAGAACUGUGAGGCUCUUGAGAUUUUGAAAGCUGUUCUUGCCAAUAAGGAUUUGACUGUAAAAGUAUAUGAUUGCAAAGAACAUAUUAAAGUGUUGAAGCGUUGUUGCGGUGUGGAUUUUGAAACUAGAUGUUUGGAUCCUAAAGUGGCGGAUUGGUUAUUGGAACCUGAGGAGAAAGAGAAGAAUUUGCAAGCUUUGGUUUUGAAUUAUUCGCCGGAAGCAGUGAAACUGUGUCAGAUGGCCGGAAACAGCAAGGGGAGCGGAAGUGUUUCGCUGGAUUUGCAGAACGGCAUCAAACCAAAAGUGCGAUGCUGCAUUGAAGCUGUCGUUUGUUUCCAUUUGGUGGAUGCGAUGAAAUCGGUGUUGGCGCAAAACAAUUCAAAUCUUUUACACACGUUCGGCAUUGAAAUGGAUUGCAUGGUGAUCUUGGCGAGGAUGGAACUGAGUGGCUUCGGAGUGGAUUUAAGCAAGAUGCAGAUUUUAUCGGAAAAGCUUAAGGAAUAUUGCACGGCCUUGGAGACGAAAGCUCACCAAUUGGCGGGGAAGAGAUUUUCGUUGACGUCUUCAACGGAAGUUGCAAAAGUUAUUGGUUUGUACAAAGGUAAAAGGGUGAGAACGAACAAGCAAGUCUUGGAGCAGAACAACCAUCCGAUUUCCAAUUUGAUUAUCCAAUGGAGGAAAUUGAACAGCACUUUAACUAAGAUGAUUUAUCCGCUGCUUCGGAUGGUCGAGAAUAAUAGAGUUUAUGGAUGCUGCAUAACGCGCAAUGCGACAGGUAGGGUUUCGAUGCACGAACCGAAUCUGCAAAACAUGCCUAGGAAUUUUGAAUACACCAAUCCUCUGAACAAUGAAAUCGUGAACGUGAGUUGUCGAGGAGUGUUCGUGGCACAAGAAAAGAACAUCCUGUUAGCAGCGGACUAUUGCCAAUUGGAAUUGAGAUUAUUAGCUCAUUUUUCGCAGGAUAAACUGCUCGUUACAAGCAUGAAAAAAAGUGAUGACGUUUUUAAAUCGAUUGCUGCUCAAUGGAAUAAUAUGUUAGAAAGCGAAGUGACUGAUUCAAUUAGACAACAAACCAAACAGAUUUGUUACGGCGUUAUAUAUGGUAUGGGCACUAAGACUUUAGCUGAUCAAAUGUGCGUAACCGAAGAUGAUGCUGUAGCUUUCAUUGCAACAUUCCAUAAGACUUAUCCUGGAAUCAAGAAAUACGUGGAACAAAUAGUAGAUAAUUGCCGUAACAAUGGUUACGUGCAAUCUAUAGGCGGAAGGAAACGAUUCUUGCCGAAUAUAAAGCACCAAAAUGCAUCUACUAAAAGUCAAGCUGAACGUCAAGCUUUCAACACAACAAUUCAAGCAACAGCUGCAGAUAUUGUAAAGAACGCUAUGGUCCUUGUGGAGAAUCAAAUCCAUGUGAAGUUCAAGUCUUCGCGCAACAAACCAAAACUAAUUCUACAAAUCCACGAUGAAAUCCUCUACGAGGUCCCCAAGAAAUACUUGAUUUGCUUAGGUAGGAUAGUGCAGAAAUGCAUGGAAGAUUCAGUUAAAUUAUCCGUGCCUUUUCCCAUUAAACUAAAGUCGGGAAAAUCGUGGGGCGAGAUGAAAGACCUCGUCGUCUAAAAAUCAACUCGACAAGAAACAAACUGUGAUAUCUCUUUUUAUUAUUAUUAUUAUCUUUACUCAAUUCAACGUUAUAAAAUUAAAAUACCUUUCUACAAUAAA